CCCGGCCGCAGCAGACUCGACAAAAUGCACCCAGGAAGCCUUUGGCUGCAUCUCACGCUGCUUGGGGCCUCCCUGCUAGCUGUGCUGGGAUGGAUGGACCCAGGAACCAGCCGCGGCCUGAAUGUGGUUGUGGGAGAGUCUCAGGCACAGGAAUCCGGAGGCUUUGAAGUCACAAGAAGAGAAGGGCUUUCCAGCCACCAGCUGCCGGGCUCCUGCGGGAAGAAGCUCUGCAGCCGCGGGAGUCGGUGCGUGCUCAGCCCCGGGACGGGGCAGCCUGAGUGCCGCUGCCAGGAGGUGUGCAGACCGCGCUACCUGCCCGUGUGUGGCUCCGAUGGGAGGCUCUACGAGAACCACUGCGAGCUCCACCGCGCUGCCUGCCUGCUGGGCAAGAGGCUCGUCACCGUCCGCAGCAAGGACUGCUUCCUCAGAGGUGGCACCUGUACCGUGGCUGGCUAUGCCCGCCUCAAGAACGUCCUCCUGGCUCUCCAGAGCCGCCGGCAGCCGCUCCAGGACCGGGGCAGCAGACAGGACCCCGGCAGCCAGAAGCGCCUCCUGGUGGAGUCUCUGUUUAAGGACUUGGAUGCUGACAGCAACGGCCACAUCACCGGCUCUGAACUGGCGCAGCGCAUGCUGACGGAGCAGGACCUGGCCGGGGACCUGCCCGGGUGCUCGAUGGGCGACCUCCUCCAAUUCGACGACUACAACAGAGACGGCUCCCUGACGCUGCGCGAGCUCUACACAGCCUUCCAGGUGGUCCAGCUCAGCCUGGCCCCGGAGGACAAGGUCAGCGUGACCACAGUGACCGUGGGACUGAGCACCGUGCUCACCUGCACGAUCCACGGAGACCUGAGGCCCCCAAUCAUCUGGAAGCGCAAUGGGCUCACCUUGAACUUCCUGGAACUGGAAGACAUCAAUGACUUUGGAGAAGAUGACUCCCUGUACAUCACCAAAGUGACCACCGUCCACAUGGGCAAUUACACCUGCCACGCCUCGGGCCACGAGCAGCUGUUCCAGACCCACGUCCUGCAGGUGAAUGUGCCGCCCGUCAUCCGGGUCUACCCGGAGACCCAGGCGCAGGAGCCCGGCAUGGCAGCCAGCCUGCGGUGCCACGCAGAGGGCAUUCCCAUACCCAGAAUCACCUGGCUCAAAAACGGCAUGGAUGUCUCCGCCCAGAUGUCCAAACAGCUCUCUCUUUUAGCCAAUGGGAGCGAACUCCACAUUGGCAGCGUUCGCUAUGAAGACACGGGCGCCUACACCUGCAUCGCCAAGAACGAGGUGGGCGUGGAUGAAGACAUCUCCUCGCUCUUCAUCGAGGACUCCGCCAGGAAGACGCUGGCAAAUAUUUUGUGGCGAGAGGAAGGCCUCAGUGUGGGAAACAUGUUUUACGUCUUCUCCGACGACGGCAUCGUUGUCAUCCACCCGGUGGACUGUGAGAUCCAGAGGCACCUCAAACCCACCGAGAAGAUUUUCAUGAGCUACGAGGAAAUCUGCCCUCGUGGAGAAGCCGACACCGCGCAGCCGUGCCAGUGGGCCUCCGCGGUCAACGUCAGGAACCAGUACAUCUACGUGGCCCAGCCCGCACUGAGCAGAGUCCUCGUGGUCGACGUUCAAGCCCAAAAAGUCCUACAGUCCAUAGGUGUGGACCCCCUGCCCGCCAAGCUCUCCUACGACAAGUCACACGACCAGGUGUGGGUGCUCAGCUGGGGAGACACGCACAGAUCCCACACAAGCCUCCAGGUGAUCACAGAAGCCAGCACUGGGCAGGGCCAGCACCUCAUCCGCACGCCCUUCGCUGGAGUGGAGGAUUUCUUCAUCCCCCCAACAAACCUGAUCAUCAACCACAUCAGGUUCGGCUUCGUCUUCAAUAAGUCGGACCCCGCAGUCCACAAAGUGGAUCUGGAGACACUGAUGCCCGUCAAGACCAUCGGCCUGCGGCAGCACGGCUGCGUGCCACAGGCCAUGGCGCACACCCACCUGGGCGGCUACUUCUUCAUCCAGUGCCAGCGGGCCACGCCCCCGGACGCGGCCACGCCCCCAGACGCGGCCACGCCCCCGGCGGCAGCGGCGCAGCUCCUCGUGGACAGCGUCACCGACGCCGUGCUCGGCCCCAACCGCGACGUGGCCGGCACGCCCCACGUGUCCCCGGACGGGCGCUUCGUGGUGAGCGCCGCCGCCGCCGCCGCCGCCGGCCGCGGCGCGCGGCUGCACGUGCAGGAGGUGAGCGCGCGCGGCGAGCUCCGCACGCUGUACGCCGUGCGCGUGGCCGCGGGCGUGGCGGGCGUGGCCUUCCAGCGCUCCUUCACCGACGGCCACGCGUACAACGCGUACGCGGCGCUCGAGGCGCGGCCCGACCUGCUCUUCCUGGAGCUGGCCACGGGCAAGUCCGGGCUGCUCAAGGACCUGAGGGGGUCCCCCGCAGAGCCGGGCCGGCCCUGGGGGCCACCCCACGGGGUCCCGUGGGACAGCGGGCUCUUCGGACAGUACCUCCUCCUGCCGGCCCGCGACUCGCUGUUCCUCAUCAACGGCAGGCACAACACGCUGCGGUGCGAGGUGUCAGACAUCAAGCGGGGGGCCACGGCCGUGUGGGUGGGCGAGGUAUGA